AUGUGCGGAAUCAUCAACGUUCCCGGGGCGGUCUGGGGCUUCUUUGCUGUCCCUGAUAGUCCGUAUGACACGCGGGUCUUUUAUCUCAAUGAAAAGGAGCGAGAACUAGCAAAGUCGCGAGUGGUUGAGGUCGGACGCAAGCGGUUCGAGGGUGUGACGCUUAAGACAUUUAGGAGCGUUCUCAGUCGCCCGUUUGUUUGGGUCUUUAUUCUCAACUACAUAUUCUUCUGCAUCGAUACCUACGGCCUCGAUUUCUUCGCAAUUUACCUAAAGACUCUCAACGAGUACACGGUUCAAGAGAUCAACGUGUGA